AUGUUUAGCGAGGCGGCGGCGCCGGGGAGGCCCAGGCCGAGCCGCACGAUGAAGAGCCAGCUGAGGAGGAGGUGCAGCAACAGCGCCACCGCAGACACCACGGCCAUGGUCAUCACCUUGCUCUGCGCCUGCAGGAACUUCUGGAUGGGGAAGUUGGCCCCGUAUGCGAAUAGCUGGGGGAUCAUGUACAGUGAGAAUCGCCCAGCGAGGACAGCGAUCUCCUCCUCCUGA